AUGCUACAUUGCACCCAGGUGUGUCUGAGCGCUCUGACAAAGAGAACCCACAGGGUCAAGGUUCAAGUCCUGAAGGAUUUCCCGCGAUUUCAAUUAUAUAAAGGACAAGUUGCAAAUGUCAAACCAUCUUUAAUGAGAAACUAUUUACAUAACUUCAAUGGUGCAAAAUACAUACUCAGCGAAGAACACGACAUAAAUACGGAACUGUUAAAACAAUACCAAACACUUGAGGCAAAGCUAGAGGAAGACCAUCAACAGCUCUCUAAACGCCAUGAAACGGAAGUUCAAAAGAACAUGGAGUUACGUAAAGAAUCUGUUUUUGGCCACAAGAAAGAAGAGAAGCCAAAAGAGGAAAAGAAGGGAUUAUUGGAUUCUGGGAUUACUAUCGAAGAGGUUAAGAUCCCCGGUCUUGACAUUUGA